UGAGCUAGCCGCGUACGCCAUCCAGCGACGAACGUCUUGGGGUUACGUAUACCUGAGCAACGAACGAGUGCAUCGAGAUCGCACUUUGGGACAGAAGCUAUUUCGCCUCAAUUUCUUUCGUGGGACACUGGCCUCGGUUUGGUGGUCCAGGCAGCAGGAUAUUACGGGCCGACUGCACUUCAGCGGGAGGCCAUUCCGCCAGAGCUUCGCCGUGCCUGAAGUUGACCAACUAUCUCGCGCCUAUACGGAGGACUGAGGGAAUACUGAUGACGGGGGCCCUGAUACAAUUGUCUGCCACCCUCGUCUACGCUUGACGGACUACCGCACGGCAUCUUCUCCAUGGUCUUGCGCAAACCUCCUCCACCCGGUAUCGAAGCCCCCGACCGGGGAGAUGGUCGAUUGGAGCAGCGAUCUUCAGCGUCUGCUACUGUAGCUGCCUCCUCACCCUCCUCAUCUGGUCGUUUCACACGUGGCCGGGCUCGCAGUGCUUCUCAGACGCCUCUGAGCUCCGCUCCCCAGUCUGUGUAUUCACCGGACCUGAAUACGUCGCCUGCGUUCGACCUCAUGACGCUGGAUCAAGCUCAGCGGUCCCCCGUGGGGGCCCCAUUCAAUGAGCCCCAGAAUCCAUGGGCAGAAGAGCUGGUCGAGAAACCAGAACAGGAUCCAAAGUCAUCAAGUUCGCGAGCGGACGUUUCUCCAGCUGCACAAGGACCCGCGGCGGAAAACAGGACCGGAGUGCAUCGGGUUCCUCCUAUUGUCACGGAAAGCACCCAGCGGAGACAAGCUGCGGAAGGACCGCAGUCAGGUCCAGUAUAUGGAACAUCCCCAUUACAUACAAGAGCAGAAUCAGCGCCGCAGCAAUUGCAGUCUAACAAUCCUUUUCUCAGAGCGCGGCAGGAAUACAAUCCGUGGGAGGACUAUACGGCUCGGCCUGUGCCUACGGAGGGAGCACACCAGCAAGCUCCAUGGCCUGACAAUGCAGGUCAAGGCUAUCCCGGCCACAGGGUUAGCGAGAGCGAAGGUUUUAUUCCUAUGACUGCACGUCUGUCGCUGUUUGAUGAACCAGAACAUGAGUCCCCAUGGGGCGAACAACAUCCGGGAAGCAAUGGAGAGCCGCCGUCGCAGCCAUUACAGACAGGUCUCCCCCCUCAGCCUGUUGGCGAGGAUCCAGCUGCGGUCUGGUCACCUGAAACGUUCGAUUCGAUUCCCCAUGCGGUGAAUCCCCCUGAAGGCCCAAUGUAUGAUCCUCAUGCAGACCUGCAGGGGCAAGUUUCUUCGGCCGAUGCCCCAACUCCCGGGGUGAACCGGGAUGUCUACAGUGUGGCUCAGGGUAAACAGCCGGAUUACGAACCACAAGGUGCCGAGAGCUGGACGAAUAUUCCCUCCGCCACCGUCUCCGACGCAACGCGUGAUUCCUCCCAGGACCUUCUGGAAUACGAUGACACCACAGGAAGUUCCCAGAUGCAGGCCAGCACCUCUCAGACCGCCGCAACACCGAAACCCAGCAUGGGCGAUGGAAAAUCACGGGAUGAUACUGUAUCUUCCGGGAAGCAGCCAGUGUCAUUGCUAGACAGUGACCCAUUGGAGAAUCCAGAAGCAAAUGAGCCAAAAGCUCCUCCAAUGCCUCCACGGCCAGAAGCAGCAGCAGCCACCGCUCCUUCAGAAGCUGAUCUCGCAAGAGAGAUGGAGAAACGAUCUGAGACAUAUGCAAUCCGGCAUGUCAACUGGACUGAUAACACGGGAAAGCUGCGAAAAUCUCCUGUCUUGGUGCAGAAUGAGAACGGACCAUGUCCACUACUCGCUUUAGUUAACAGCCUCGUACUGCGGGCGGAUAGAAAUGCUGGAACGCCAAUUGUCAAGGCUUUACAAACAAGAGAACAGAUCUCGCUUGGGCUACUCAUUCAAGCAUUAUUUGAUGAGCUUACAACGUGCCUUGCACCGGAUGAAGAACUCCCUGAUAUAGAGGCUCUAAGUCUGUUUCUCACGAUGCUUGACACUGGAAUGAACGUUAACCCCCGCCUGACAUUGGAAUCGGAGAAUGCGGCUGGCUCGUUUUAUGAGACGAAUGACAUUCGGCUUUAUGGCACAUUCAAAGUGCCGCUGAUACAUGGCUGGCUUGCAUCACCUUCUAGCGAAGUACAUACAGCGCUCACCAGGGUGGCGCAGUACCACGAGGACAUACAAUUGCUUCAAUUUCGUAAGGAAGAGAUCGAAGAUCGUGUUUGCCGCGGGGGUUCGAUCACUCCGGAAGAGGAGCAGCUGAUGAAUGACAUUCACAGCAUUCUUUACUUUGUUGAUGUCGAGAAUGCCACUCAGCUCAGCGGUUUCGGAUUGGAUCAUCUCACCGCGCAUCUUGCGCCAGGCUCGAUUUCGAUUCUGUUCCGCAACGAUCAUUUUUCGACUCUUUACAAGCAUCCCAAGACACAUAGACUCUUCACUUUGGUAACAGAUGCUGGAUAUGCGAAUCACGCUGAGAUCGUCUGGGAGUCUCUGGUGGAUGUCAACGGCUCUAACACGGAAUUCUUCUCAGGGGACUUUCGCCCUGUCGGUCAUGCUCCAAGUGGAUCGACCUCUAGAGGUCACAGGGGAACCAGGAGUGAUGCCAGUCGUCGGUCAGGCCAGCAACAUACACCUUCGCAGGAGCAGACUGAUGCAGAUUAUGCCUAUGCCCUCUCGCUCCAGUUCCAGGAGGAGGCCCAACGCGAGAGCGAUCGAACAGCUGACAAGAACCACCGGCGUGCCUCGGCCCCCCUCUCGCACGCACAGUCGGCGAGUGUCCAUGGUCGCUCUUCGAGCAGUAUCAGCGGUGCAAGCCGCUAUGCAUCCGCUGCACGCGGCCAUGCUACGUCACGUAGUCAGGAUAACCGGCCACAUAUACCUCCCCGUAACUAUGCUGCAGCCGUUAACCGUCCUGUUGAUGGUGCUGAUGAUGCCCCUCCUCCUUCCUAUGAGCAAGCUGCUAACGGCCCAGCAUAUGUGCCGCCUCCUGGAAGCCCCCACCACGAGACGUCCUCUUCCAAUCCGAACCUCUCUCCGCCUUAUCUUCCGGACCAAGACGUUAGAAGGACACGGAGUCAGCGUGGUAGAGUCAUACCUGGCGGGAUGAUGACCUUGGCAGUCCCGGAGAGAUCGAAGGACAAGAACAAGGACGACAAGAACAAGGACUGCAUUGUCAUGUGAAGCUGGUCGACCCAGAGAUAUUCGAGACUUGCAAGCAUCUAUUCAGUAAUGUUUAUAUGCUCUCCUGUGAGGACCAUCCGACUUCCCGGUCUGCUCGAGCUCACUCACGAGCUCCUUUAAUGACUGAUUGAAUUGACGAUUGAAUGACGUUGCGCUUCUUGUAGCGCUUCAUGUGCACUCCUUGUUAUCGUAUACUAAAGAUACCACCACAUAUC